AUGCCGGGUAUCCUUGGACCUUCCUCCUCGUCGCGGGACAGCGACGACUUUUCCAUCCAGCUCACCGACGCGUCCUGUCCCGCUUGCAUGCAAAUGUACAGCGACUCCGAGCCGAAACGGGUGCCUCGCUUACCUCCACUUUGCGGCCACUCGAUGUGUACGGAAUGUAUCGGGAAAGUCAGAGCGUGCGUGGUGUGCCGUCGUGGUUUCUACGGUGACUCCACGCACUUUAAGAUCAACUACACACUCAUGGGACUCGUCUCCGAGCUGGCCAAGCAGGGCGAGAUGACGGCGCAUGUCUUCUGCUCGGACUGUGCUAUCGAGAAGCAUCUUGACAAGAAGCAUGAUAUGGACAAGUAUUUGGACUAUUAUAAUCGUCUGGAGAUGCAGGGGAUUACCGAGAAAAUGAAGAGCGAUUUGUGCGGGAUUCGGGAUACGGAGAUGAACAAGCUCUGCCAGGCGGGUACAAAAAUCCGGUCCACCGAAGAGGGACACCGUAUGCGGGAGCAGGCCAAUGAAGAAGUGCAAAAGCUCCAAGACGCCGUAGCUGCCCUGCAAGAAGCCCAGAAGCUUUUUAAUGAAAUCAGCGAGGAAAGCCGCUUAAAUCUGCGAAAACAAAUGGACGACCUCCGACAAGUGCGGCGUAAAGAGCGUGGCCGCGGAAUUUUCGGGCGUUUUGGCGGCUUUUUCUACUGGAGUUUGACGACCAGGAAGAAGGAAAUGGUGUACACGUUCAUCUGGACGAUCUUCUUCUUCAUUGCCGGCUCUGUGUUGGCCGUAGCGUCCGUACAAUACGCCCAAACGGCCGGCUGGGCGAUCGCUGCGUUCUUCGCACUAGCCGCAAUGUGCGCCUACGGUUUCGACUGCUACCUCAAAUUCCUGCAGUGGAAACACAACGAGGUGGCUACCGGCCGCGGCAAAGCCUUCUUCCAACCGUCCAGUGCC